AUGGCCGCCUCCAAGCCCAGAAUUCUCGUCGUCCUCACCUCGGCCGAUAAGGUGCCCAAGAACGGCAAGCCCAUCGGCUGGUACUUGCCCGAGCUCGCUCACCCUUUCCACGUCCUCCGCGGCAAGGCCGACCUCACCUUUGCUUCCCCUAAGGGCGGCGAGGCACCCCUCGACCAGGCUUCGGUCGACAUGUCCAGGGACGACCCCGUCUGUAAAGACUUCCUCGAGAACCACUCGUCCAACUGGAAGCAGACGCAGAAGCUCUCGGACCUUGCCGACCGCGCCUCUGACUUUGACGCCGUCUUCUACCCGGGCGGCCACGGCCCCAUGUUCGACCUCGUCUCGGAUCCUGACUCGCUGCGCAUCCUCCGCGACCUUCACUCCCAGAACAAAGUCAUCUCAGCCGUCUGCCACGGCCCUGCCGCCCUGGUCAACGCCAAGACGGCCUAUGGCGAGUACAUCAUAAAGGGGCGCGGGGUCACGGGCUUUGAUGAUGCUGGUGAAGAGAUGUUCGGAUACACCAACGACAUGGACUUUUCGCUCGAGAGACGGUUGAACGAGAACAGUGGUGGAAAAUACUCCAAGUCUGCCGAUGGACCGCUUGGAGAGAAGGUUAUCGUGGACGGCAAGCUCAUCACAGGGCAGAACCCGGCCUCGGCCUACGGCGUUGGCCAUGAGCUGGCCAAGGCAUUGGGCAUUUAA